AUGGCACCACCACGCCCCACUGCCCGCCUCCUCACCCUCGCAGCCCUCACCGCCCUCACCGCGGCCACCAGCAGCACCCCCGACUGCCGCUGCUUCCCCACAGACCCCUGCUGGCCCUCCCCCGCCGACUGGGCCGCCCUUAACACCACCGUCUCGGGCCGCCUCGUCGCCACCGUCCCCAUCGGGUCCGUCUGCCACGCGCCUAAUUAUGACGCGGAAAAAUGCAAGGCCCUGCAAGGCACCUGGCACGACCCGGCCGCCCACGACGAGUCCUCGUCAUCCAUCAUGGCGCCCGUGUGGGCGGCGCAGAGCUGCGACCCCUUCACGGACCCGAGCACGCCGUGCGAGUUGGGCAACUAUGUGCGGUAUGCCAUCAAUGUGACGGAGCCCGCAGAUAUCGCGGCGGGCAUUGCGUUCGCGAAGGAGCACAAUGUAAGGCUGGUGGUGCGGAACACGGGGCACGACUAUCUGGGCAAGUCGACAGGUGCGGGGGCCCUCGCAGUGUGGACUCACCAUCUGAAGAACAUCACGUACAUCCCGGCCUAUAGUGGGGCGGCGAACUGGACGGGGGCGGCGAUGAAGUUAGGAGCGGGUGUGCAGGGGUUUGAGGCGUAUCGGGCGGCGGAUUCGUAUGGUAUGAGUGUGGUGGGGGGCGAGUGCGAUACGGUGGGUAUUGCGGGCGGGUAUACGCAGGGGGGUGGACACAGCGCGUUGAUGUCGAGGUAUGGGCUCGCGGCGGACCAGGUGCUUGAGUGGGAGGUUGUGACGGCGGACGGGAAGCACCGCGUGGCGAAUCGGAAGAAGAACAGUGAUCUGUAUUGGGCGCUGAGCGGCGGCGGUGGAGGCACAUAUGGUGUGGUGACGUCCAUGACGGUGAAGGCGCAUCCGGAUGUGGUGACUUCGGCCGCGAGAUUGACGUUUACGCAUGAUGGGAGUGCGGAGAUGGUAGAGAAGUGGUAUGACGCCUUGGAUUUCUUCCAUCAGAUGACGCCGUUGUAUACAGACCGCGGGGCCUUCAGUGUCAACGUGUAUUUUACGGGAUCUUUUUCUCUGGGCCCAUGGUUUGGGCCCGGCCUCACAAAGGCCGAGAGUGAGGAGCUUUUGGCACCGCUGGUCGCGAAGCUGGAUGAGCUGGAGCUACCAUACACGUACAAUAUGACUGAGUUCCCGUCGUAUCUGUCUGCGUUCAACGACAUGUUUGACUACAUUUCAGUUGGUAUCGCGCAGUACGGUGGCCGCCUCAUUCCCCGAAAGACUGUGCUGGAGAACCGUGAGGGACUGAACAAGGCGAUUCGUGGGAUCGUUGAUACCGGGUCAUUGAUCUUCGAGGUCACCACCCAUCCGACAUUGGAGGUUGCUGGGUAUCCUAACAACGCGGUGCUCCCGGCGUGGAGAGACAAUGAGUUGAAUAUCGUUGUCACCAUUCCCUGGAACGACACGGCACCAAUGUCGAAAGCCUAUGCCGACCAAAAGACCAUCACCAACGUGUGGGACGCCGCGCUCCGCGAGAUUGCCCCAGACUCGGGCGUGUACAUGAACGAGGCCGACCCAUAUGAGCCAAACUUCCAGAAGGAGUUCUUUGGCGUGAACUAUGACCGCCUGCUCAAGAUCAAGGACAAGUAUGAUCCGGAGCACAUCUUCUACGCGAUCACUGCGGUUGGUAGCGACAGGUGGAUGGUGGAGGAUAGCGGCAGGCUGUGCAGAAGCGGGGUGGGGAUGCAUGAUGAGUUGUAG